AUGCCUUCAUUCAAACUCUUUUUCGUUGUCGCUCUUUUAGUAGCUAUCGCAUUUGCUGUGCCUGCUCCGUCGCGUCGGAGUGUGCAGAAGCGUUCCUUCAAAGUCCCAAGGCAGUUGAACACCGCCCACCCUACUGGUCCUAAUGGCAUGGCUGCUAUGAGAAAGGUGUUCAGAAAGUACAACUUCCAGGUCCGCGAGGAUUUCAUGUCUCGGGAGGGUCUUAUUGGCCUUACGAAGGCGAGCAAGAACGAGAGUUCGGUACAGACUCAAGCCGCUGCUGGCAAGAACCAAAGUGGCACUGUCAUGGCCACCCCAGAGCAGAACGCCGCGCUCUUCCUUUCGCCUGUCAAAGUUGGCGGACAGACUUUGAACCUGGACUUCGACUCUGGUUCCUCUGAUAUGUGGUUCUUUAGCACCGAGCUUCCCCAGCAAGCCAUCCAGCAGCACUCAGCCUUCGACCCCGCAAAAUCAAAUACAUUCAAGUUGACCCCCAACGCCAAGUUCAAGAUCAGCUACGGCGAUGGUUCAGGCGCAGCAGGUAUCGUCGGCACCGACGUCGUCGAGAUCGGUGGCGUCAAAGUCGAGAACCAAACCGUCGAGCUGGCCAACGCCGUCUCACAAUCCUUCAUCCAAGACGUCAACACCGACGGCCUCGUCGGCCUCGCCUUCUCCAACCUCAACACUGUCAAUGACGGCACCAAGAAAACCCCCGCAAAGACCUUCUUCGACAACGUCAUGGGCAACCUCGACCUCCCCGUCUUCACGGCCGACCUCGAUCCCGACGGCACGGGCGUCUACGAAUUCGGAAAAAUCGACGCCACUAAGUUCGAGGGCCAAAUGGCCUGGAUCCCCGUCAAGGCCGAGACAGGCUUCUGGCAAUUCCCCUCCACCAAAUUCGCCGUCGGCGACAAAGUGAUUGAAAACCCCGGCGCGUCCGACGCCAUCGCCGACACGGGCACGUCGCUGCUCCUCGUUGAUCAGAAGGUCGCAGAAGCGUAUUACUCACAGGUCAAGGGUGCGCAGCUCAACGCACAAGUUGGCGGGUUCAUCUACCCAUGCAAAGCCGCUCUACCCGAUCUAUCUGUCGCGAUUGGUGACAGCUACAUGGCUAAGAUCCCAGGCAACCAGAUCACAUUUGCGACAGUGGAUAAGGCGAACACUACGUGCUUUGGUGGCGUGCAGGGAAACCAGGGCGCUGGGCUGCAGAUUUUUGGGGACACGAUGUUCAAGGCGCAACUUGUUGCUUUCAACGGCGGUAACCAGUCGCUUGGGUUUGGGCAGAAGCCGCUGGCGAAGUAG